AUUUGUUUUGUGCACGGCACCAACGUGAGUUUAGUCAGUUCUUCGGUCAGUCGGUCUGCAUUCAUAAAUGUAAUGACUACGUUAAACUGUUGCGUUUUCCAAUAGAUUGUUCGAGUUGUAUCUUGUAAAUAAAUAUUCCAUUCUAGCUUAGACGACUUUUUAUUGUUCGAUAUAUAGAGGUAAUGUUUUCAAUUGUACUUUGUAGAAUCAAUGUGGAUACCUCCAGUUUGUGAUAACCCUCCACCUCUUAAUAUUGAAGAAGAGCUACUUCCUACAACACUUCGGACCAAAACGCCUACUGUUUCUGCCUCCAGUAGUUCAAGUAGUGACCUUAAAAAGAACUCACAAAAUCAGACAGCGAAUAUCAGAUUUCAGUUCUAUCCUGUCCCGGUAAUCAGUAGUUUACUUGUUUUCUAUUUGUUCUGUUGUGAACGUGUUGCUGAGAUUGACCUUUUGCGAGUUGAUAUGUGUGAAAUGAUUUAAUGAUUCAAUUCAGUCAGGUGACUUGACUCCCAGUUGAGUCGUCUGUAUGGAGAAGUAUCACUUUCAAGUGGGAACUCAGUGUUUAAUGUAUGCCUCUGAAAAUAAAGAAUAUGUUUGUCGAAUUCCCCUGUAUUUGACACGUGGUAUGGCUCGUUCGCGUGUCCGAUUAGUGGGAAAGCUCACACUGAGUCAACGGGAAUUGGAAUGCAUACAAUCAGCUCACUCAGUGAUAAGUGAACUGAUUACAAAUAUAGCCCAUUUGUCACAUGUUGGUCACAAACCAUCGAGUCAGGCUCUUCGCGAUCUUAUGGAGAAACAGAAAGAUCCAAAUGAAGUUCCUGAAAGUCUUCGAGUUACAGUUAUCGAUCGAUUUACUGAUCUAUUAUUCAGUCCUGAGAAAGCUAAUAUUCUGGCGUUGAUGACGUUAAUUCAGUUACCAGAAUGUACUAUAGAUUAUGAAGCUAUUGAGAGUCUUGUGAAUUGGUCACUUUGUCGUACGAAUUCAUUGUCUUCGGCCAUUAGAAACAACACUAGUGGAUCAGUAAAGAUCAGACCUGUCCGUGGUAUUUUGCCUAGUUGGCAUGUUACGCUGAGUCAAAUACCUCCAGAAGAUUGGGUUGGUUUAGUAGUCAGACCUAUUCACCUUCCAGAUAACGAUCCUGGUAUGUUUUCGAUUUCAGAAGUGUGUUCGGAAACUCCUGUAAGUUGUGUGCCGCGGUAUUUAGCUUCGAAACUUUGUAACACGAAAAAUGAUGAAGAAGUGUCAGGAGUGACCUAUUUAGAUUUCUACAGAACGAAGUGUCCCCUGAUGAGAGAUCUACCCAUUGAUAUUUCAAUGCCACUGUGCAAGACGUCACGACUGACGCGUCAUCAAAAUUGCACCCAAGUUACUGCGGGUCUACGAAGAGGUAAAUCAAUUCCCAGACAGUCAACGUUCGUAUGUGAAGGGUGUUUAGUACAUCCAUUAUCUUCAUGGCUUUGGUUUCUGGUGUCUACGAUACCUGCAGUUCUUUAUCAGAUGUCGAGGGCAUUGUUGGCAUCACAAUUGUCCACAGAAUUGGCUGCUGAGUUAAAGAAUCCCCAACCAUUCUGUCAAAGGACGAAUCCAUCCAAUAUGACGGAUGAUUCUCUUUCUCCUGUAACCAUUUUCGUGCCUGAUCGUCUACGUGAUGCUAAUUUCUCAAACGGUGAACCGAUUGACGCAACUAUGUUUGAUUUGAAAGUAGAUGAACUUACUUCAAAAGAAGAUCAGGAGAUGGAUGAUAUGGCUGCAAGGGAAUUCAAAGGCGCUUCGACAGUUUGUCCUCAACCCAGUGACCUGAUCGAGCCAACUACGUUGUUAGGUGCUCGUGAUGCAGUGAAUCUUGAGCGUUUAGAAUUUUAUGGCGAUUCGUUUCUGCAUUUGAUAUCUACACUGAGUGUUUACGGUACCAGUCCACAGGAUGCGGAUGAAGGACAUUUAAGCUGGAAAAGAACUUCACUUGUAUCAAAUGCUCACUUGUGUGACAUUGCUCGAGAUUUGACAUGGUAUGGAUAUUGUACUGGUCAAACAUUCUUUCCAUCAGAACAUUUUGUACCUCCGUGCUACACUGUUUCGUCUGAGGUUUCUAAAUACGAUGCUCGUUUAUAUACCCGCCUAUAUGACAAGUCUUUAGCGGAUAUGGUUGAAGCCUUGUUAGGAUGUUUUCUAGUGCACAUUGGACUACCAUCGGCUGUAAAUCUCUUACAUUAUCUUCAAAUAUGUCCGGUGAAUUGGAAUACAAUAAAAUGUGACAAAGAAUACAAGAUUGAUGCUCCAUGGCAUUGCCUUCUUCACUCAGAAAAUGAUAUUGCUAGCAGUUCAAAUUCCAGACGUCACCUUCUCCGUGCAUCAUCACAGAAUUCACUGGCCACUUACAAAUAUCGAGAUCUCAAUGAGAAAUAUUUUCGUUUACAAUUGAAAUUGGAUUAUCGCUUUAGAAAUAUUGAAUUACUUGCUACAGCUAUGACACACCAGUCAUCAACUAACACAGAGCACUGGGGAAAUUAUCAGAGAUUGGAAUUUCUCGGUGAUUCGGUUAUGGGUUUCAUUGUGAGCAAUCACCUGUUCAGAAAGUGUCCUCAUGCUUCUCCAGGCAAACUGAGUGAAAUGCGAUCGACAAUCGUGAGUAAUAACAAUUUGGCCAACACUGUAGUCGAGCAUGAAAUAUAUGCAUUUAUUGACUCUGGGGUUUGUGAUAUAAAGCCGUGCAUUGAUGAGAUACAAAGUAUUCAUCAGCGAACCGAUUCGAUUUGUGAACGUAUCGAGCUACUGAUGAAGAAGGUUGGUGAGGGACUGAAUGUCAAGAUUUUAGCCGAUGUAUUUGAAUCAAUUCUUGGGGCUAUUUUUGUGGAUAGUAACGGGAAUCAUGCUGUGUUAUCAUCAAUUAUUUUACGAUUCUUAGGCAAAAGUAUUGAUUAUUGCAUUGACAAACUACCGAAGAAUCCAAUUCAGCAGCUUCCUUUAUCGCAUCCUGAUAUACGCUAUCAGAACAGUUCUGUUGUUUUCAGCUCACAGAAUAGUCAGAAAAGAAAUUCAAACAAUACAGCAUCGGAUUCAGAUAAUGAAAAUACGUAUGAGUUGAUUGCAUCGACUUCUGGUAAACGUAUCUGUGUCACUAGGAAUACACGGAAUGAAGGUCGUCUUCAAUUAGCUGAAACUUUGGCUAUAUCAGAUGAGAAUAAAGAGAAUGUCGCGAUUUCCGAUGAUCAAGUAUGCAUGUCGUUAUCGUAG